UGGACAACCAAAGCAAUGUUUAUUUUCGACAACAGCAUUUUGUUUAAGCUUCGUAACUUAUGUAUGAAAAUUAUUUUUGUUAAUAUGAGUAAGAAAAUCUCGCCUGAAGAUGCUUUCUAUGAAAAUUUAACGCUGGGCCUGAUCAAAACACUGACAUCGGUGCCGCGGGUGUGCAAUGUGAGUUUGGAACGUCGACAGCCGCUGAAUCCUGGGCAGGUGGUUAACUGGGAGCAACGGCAUUGUGUCUACCUGCCAGAGGAUAUGAAGAAGUUCUACUUGUCCACUGAUGGGUUUGUUCUCAACUGGAGCUAUCAGUAUGCGCCGAGCGAUAUUCGACGGGUGGGAUACAUCCACUUUCCGCACCUUCUGCAAGUGACUUUGCUGCGCGAGAAUAUUGAAAACACUCACCCAACCAACGGAAGCCAUGCGGUUCCCAUGGGCAGCAGCAACUCAGCUACGGAUGGGGCUCAAUCCACAGCUGCAAACGCGACUAAGGACAAAUGGGGCAAUGCUACGCCAAUAAUAACAGCAAAGAGCAAAAUUUUCGAAAUUAACAAUGUUAACGAAAUGGCGAAGGUGUGCAUGCUGUACGAGUCUACUAGCUCCAACAAUCCCAAGUUUUAUCUGCUAGAGUUAAGCACACUGAAGUGGCAAUUUUUAGCUGAAACAUUUAGCGAGUACCUAAGGAUGUCCAUCGCCCAUCUGGGCCUGCCCUAUUGGGAGCUUUGCUUCUCUAGCUUCGGCCUACCCUCGUGGACAGAGCAGCUAUUUCUGCUGCUUGCACCACAUUUACUGGAGGAGCACGAUCUGCGAAGAGGACGCAUUAUUAGUCCGGCCUCCGAGCAUCCGUACAACAUCAUCGAUCCGAAUGUAUUUCGUGGCAAGCCCAAGGGCGUAAAUAAGACAGCAGCCGGCAGCAGUGUGAAGCAUAACAAAUGAAAUUUCGCAAAAAACAAUAUCAAUUUUAUUAAACGGACGAACAGAAAGUAAAAUUAUGGUAAUGACAGAACAUGAAGAUGGCAAAUUAAAAAUAUGAUGUGUUCAGUAGAAA